CAAAUGACGACUAACGCCAAGCGCAUAGGCUGAACCACCGCAGUGGAACAACAAAGAAACCAAGUUUUAUGACAUGCGAAACGCUUCUUCGCGCUGGCUCAGUUCGAUUAAAACAUUCGUUUGGUAAGCGUCGGUGGUUAACGGUAGUUUUGGAGAUUGGUGGCGUUAACAUUGUGCAAAAAGGACGGGACAGCAAAGUACUUUAGAAAUUAGAAGAGUAUUCUUUUCAUAGGCUCAAGCACAAUAUUGGACCAUGGACUACCGCUUUGUGUGUGUGUUACAAGUGUAUGCCAUAGUGUUGUUGCUAAUACAUUUGGAUGUCGUUACUGCAAUAGUUGGACGUGACGUGGUGCUCACACCCAAACGAGGUCUGCAGCUGAGUGGCAAAAGUAUAUUCUAUGAGGAAGACUCGAGUGGAGCAUCAACAACAGCAACAACACAGCACAAUCAGACGCUCCUGCGACCAUGGGAGCGCACAUUGAAGCAUGUUGCAUUCGUUACACUCUUCACGAAUGACGCAGCCGAUGCUGUUGCCGGGAAUGACAGUAAACAAAAGGUUUACAACGACUUUCUUCACUCGCCCUACAUUUCGAAACAUGGUGAGUUCGAUACCCGGUUCGGAGACAUUGUCACUCUCGCGAGUGGACGACUUGAGGAAAUAGCGAACCAUACCUUUCGUUUUGUGGAAGGUCUAUGCGAUUAUGAUUGUGAAGCGGGUCAUGUGUGGGCGUUGUGGCAGGUACAGAAGAUAAGACAUCGUGAUGCCAAUCGUAAAUUUCGAUACGAAAUGAAAUUCAGCAUUAGCCCAUUACGGACAGAAAGUAUGGGUAAUAUUAAGAGAAGAGCCGAGCUGGAUGGUAAAAAUAGCAGCAAGAGAAGCAUGUUUCAAACAUAUAUACAACGUGAGGAUGAUUAUCCGCAUACCUUUGGAAAAAUCAUUUACAACGAUGACCCGCGCUUUGCCGACCGACGAUUUGACGAUGCUGCAGGUCGGAAUUUCAGGCAAGUGGGGUCAAUGAAUCAGUACCGACAGGCAACGCCUAUGCCACAGCCGACUUUUAUACAUAACAUCUUCCAGCCGCAUCCUCACUUUCCGCCCUUGCAGGAGAAAUUAAAUAUUGGUGAAUAUAUUAGAGAUUAUCCGCCAAAGGCGUCACCGAAAAUAGAAUUAUUUCCGAAUAUACUCAAUGCGGUAAGCCGUAAUUACUACCCAACACCCACCACAUACCGUCCCAAUUAUCAGACCAAAUUUCCACGACCAGAAUUGUAUCCACCGCCAACCCAUCAAGAGCCCUUGAAAUUUCCUGAUAUUUCACAAGAAUCUGGCCAACUUGAUGGAGUUACUAAACUAUCGAAGCCGGUGGUGACACACCACUUCCAUCAUCAUUUUUAUAUGCCGAGCACCACCAGUAUUGAAAAUGGACUAGGCAGCGCUGAAAAGCCUCUAAACAAGCCAACAGACGCUUACAAAAAUGCAAUACCUGAAACCACAGUGCCCACCUAUUUCAACAAAUACUACAAUGGUGACGUAAAAACGAGUUUCCAACAGAGUCCGCAAUCACUUAAAUCCAUAAACUACCCACAUGCCGAGACCGAAGUGCAUAGAGAACAUGUGGUGCAGGUGACGCCAGUCCCGCCGCUGAAGAGACCGCAAAUUUAUCAAAUGUAUCAGAUACCUAUUGACUCGAAGGUGCCGCUGCUCAUCUAUCCCGCACCUGUAGUGGAGGAAGAGUCAACAUUGUCACGCAAUAAACCAUUUAUACAGAGUGAACCGAUGAAUGAUGAGCCCAUACGAUACUCUGAACCCGAUCCACUUUAUCUUAAUUUGGCGCACAAUCCGCCAAUUGACGGUCAAUCCUAUGAGCUGGGUGCACCACAGUUAGAAUCACCGAAAAUAAAUCAAUUUGCCGAAUAUGCAGAUGCGCACAUCAAUACUGUAACCGGCAGAAAAGUAUCAAAACCAGACUCCAUAGCUGCACAACUACCACCCCCCGAUAAUGAUCAGGAUGUCCGCAUACCAUAUGAAGACGAGUCUCAGGAGGAUAGGAAGCAGAAGCCGGACUUGGAGCAGACUCCUAGCCAAAAAGAUUUGCAAAUAUCAUUAAAAGAGAAGCAUAUUAAUAAGAUUAACACAACAAUCGAAGCUCCAACUACUACCAUCACGACGGAGAGCCUCUUUGAAACCACCCACAAUAUGCCAUCAACAAAGCGCACUAUAACCACCACGUCUACAGUAGAGCUGUUGAGCACUGGUAAUCAAUUAGAGGCGCUCGAAACGUCAACGGCGCCCGCACAGACCACAGUCAUGCCCACAACCAAUCGACUACUCUCAGCAACAACUCCUAUGCCGUCUACGACAGCUGUCGAUGACAUCGCACAGCCUUCCAAACAGAAUAAACAAAACUUUAUUUCCACUUCUACAGCAGAGACGCCAUCACUACGCGCUAUUAGUCGUUAUCGCUUAAAGCAUGCCCGAUCAUCGACAACAACCACCGAGCAACCGGUGCUCAAAUGGAAACCAAGACGCAAACACUCGUAUAGUAGCAGAUCAGUCACAAAUUCUGCUGCGAAAUCUAGCUCAGAAAGCGAAAAAUUCACACAAGCAAAUGAUACCAAGAAAGAAGAGGUGAAGCGAGAACUAGAGGUUCCUCAAGGUCAAAGGCAUGACAAACAAUUGGCCUCUACGAUAGAAACGAAUGUGACCAAGGUUGGUAAUGAUUCUUUGCCUACCCAGAAAGGAAAUGAAGUUAUUGAGGUGCUUACACAAAAGUCCGUUAGCAAGUCAGUAAGUAUUAAAAUCGGUCAUAAUGGGGAGGAGAUACCCGUCAUUAUAGAUGACGAUGUGAAGGAAGCAAAUGAGGUUAAAACAGACUAAAGAUUUUUUUUCAUUUUUCUCCUUGUUGUGCUUUAAAUACCAAAAA